UAAAUAUCUGAUGUUGCUGACGUGAAAAAAACAUUUCCUCCUUUUUCAUUGUCUGCUGAAAAAUCCAGACGUUGCCUGAAUCUGAAGGAGAGCAAAGGACAUCAGCAAGUCAGCAACAUCUUUUUCCCAAGCAUGAUACAGGGGUAUGAAGUGGAAUGUUUCUGAGAUGGUUUUUCCUCGGGGAGGUAUCUCACUGCGGAGGCAGCUGCUGCAGCUGGUUUUGCUCCACACAGCCUGGGAAAUGGGGAGCGGCCAGCUCCAUUAUUCAGUGUUGGAGGAAUCCCAGCACGGCACCUUUGUGGGCCGCAUCGCCCAGGACCUAGGACUGCAGGUGAGCGAGCUGGUGCCUCGGAUGUUCCGGGUAGUUUCCAAAGGCCGUGGAGAUUAUUUUGAAGUGAACUUGCAGAAUGGGAUCUUGUUUGUGAAUUUGCAGAUAGACAGGGAAGAGCUGUGUGCCAAGAUCCCUGUUUGUGCUGUUCACCUGGAGGUGAUUGUGGAUAAACCCCUGCGGGUCUUCCAUGUGGAAGUGGAGAUUGCAGACAUAAAUGACAACACUCCAUUUUUCCCAGCAAAGGAGGAACUCUUGCUCAUUUUAGAAUCAAGGCUUGUAGGAUCCUUUUUCCCUCUGGAGGGAGCCUUAGAUGCUGAUGUUGGUAUAAAUGCUCAGUUAAAUUAUCAGCUCAGCCCUAAUGAACAUUUCAUGUUAGAUGUCCAAAAGAGUGGGGAUAACUCCUUAGGUUUAAUAAUAAAAAAGUCCCUGGAAAGAGAAGAUAUUCCUGUGCACCGCGUAGUGCUCACAGCCUUUGAUGGUGGUGAGCCGGUGCUAACAGGAACAGUCCAUCUGAUGAUUACAGUCUUGGAUGUGAACGACAACCCUCCUGUCUUUAGCCAGUCAGUAUACAAGAUCCAAAUGUUAGAAAAUGCCUCCAGUGGAACAUUAGUGGCAAAGAUUAACGCCACUGACUUGGAUGAAGGUGUCAAUAAAGAGAUCUCGUACUCCAUUCGUAGUGUAACUCCACCUAAAUUAAAUACCAUUUUUAAGAUCGAUCCAAAUACCGGGCAGAUCAGGCUGAAUGGAGAAUUAGACUACGAAGGCACUAAUUCGUAUGAAAUUCGAGCAGAAGCGACAGAUAAAGGCGGUUACCCCUUGUCUGGACAUUGCAAAAUUUUAAUUGAUAUUCUGGAUGUAAACGAUAAUGUUCCAGAGAUGUUGGUGACUUUUCUAUUGGUGCCGGUACCAGAGGACUCUUCGCUAGGAACAGAGGUGGCUUUAAUCAGUAUAUCAGAUAGGGAUUCUGGAGCCAAUGGGCAAGUGAACUGUUCUCUGCGGCCACCCCUGCUCCCUUUCAAGCUGGUAUCUACCUUUAAGAAUUACUUCUCACUGACGCUGGUGGAGCCAUUGGAUCGGGAGCAGAUAACUGAAUACAGAAUGGUAGUGAUCGCUCGAGAUGAAGGGACUCCUCCACUUUCAGCCAGCAGCAGCGUGGUAGUGCCAAUCAGUGAUGUGAAUGACAAUGCGCCCAUUUUUGCACAGCCCACUUAUACAAUCUUUGUGAAAGAGAACAACCCCCCUGGAGCUCACAUCUUCACAGUGUCUGCUUCAGACCCAGAUGUGGCCGAGAAUGCCUUGGUCAGCUACUGGCUGGACGAGAAGCUCUGGCCGCUCUCAAGCUACAUCUCAGUCCAUUCAGAGAGUGGGAAGCUGUAUGCCCUGCAGCCCUUGGAUUAUGAGGAGCUGAAGCUGCUGGAGUUUCAGGUGAGGGCCAAGGAUUCUGGGCUGCCCUCCUUGUGUGGCAACGUGACCAUCCAAGUCUUUGUGUUGGACGAGAAUGACAACACACCUGUAGUGUCCCAGUCUGUGGAGGAGCCUCCUGCUUUGAUAGUCAUCCCUGUACCUUCUGGACACAUGUUGGGCAAGAUCCGUGCCCUGGAUGCUGACUCCGGCUACAAUGCCUGGCUUCGCUAUGAGCUGCAUGAAGGAAACAGUGGCCCUUGGCGAGUGGGGUUGUACAGUGGUGAAAUCAGCACCACACGGAUGCUGGAUGAGGUAGAGGAUGGAGGAAGCCAAAAUGUGCUGGUUGUGGUGAAGGACCAUGGCAAGCCCCCCAUGUCAGCCACAGCCACCCUGAGCGUGUCUUUGGUGGCCAAUAGCCAGGCCAUCAAAACAGAUGCUCGACUUCCUAGGACAGCAGGAAAUGCAAAGCCCUUGGCUGACACUGCCAAUCUCUACCUGAUCAUCGCCAUCUGCUCCGUGUCAAGCUUGUUCCUUCUGGUCAUCCUUGUUUACGUGGCGCUGCGAUGCCAGAGUGAGGAGAAGGAGGUGAUGAUGUACGGCCCUGGCACGGCCACGCUGGUGUGUGCCAGUGAAGUGGGCAGCUGGUCGUAUUCCAAUCGGCACAGCCGCAUCCUGGCCGGGGUGAGUGGGGAGACUUGUCCCAAAAGUGACCUCAUGGUUUUUAGCCCCAACACUCCUGUCUUUGCUGUGAACAGAGAUGUAGGAAAUGCAAAGGAUCUUGUUCCCCCUUCCCCUGGAGAGGUGAGUAAUGUAGAGCCCUGA